AUGAGGGAAGUGAAUCUGCUCAACCGCUUUACACGCCAGUUCCUGUUUCUCAUCGUGUUGGUGACCCAGAUCUGCGGGGUCGCCACCUUUGUGUACAACUCGAAGGCGCAAUGCUUUCGUCAGUCCGGAUUUCUGCGGUUCUACUCCAGCUUAGUUCUCAUUUUUCUGGCACUUUUCCUGAUUGUUACCACGAGUAAAAUGUUUCAUAAUCUGCAAGCUGUGUGGCCAUAUGUGGUAGGAAGUGUUAUCAUAUUGGUGGUAAGAAUACACGGACUUUUGGAAAGUGCAGAGAUCGUGGAGUUGCUAAACCAAAUGCUGAGAAUCAUGAGGCAGGUGAAUCUAAUGGCCAGGCACCCGAAUCUGUUUCGCCUGAAACAUUUGCUGCUCCUUCUUUUGGCCCUGCAAAAUCUUUUAAGAUCACUGAAUACGAUAGUGGGAAUAAGUAACCACUCUGCUGAAGCUUAUGACUCUUUUCUUAAUAGCGUUAUCCUAUUAAUUAUACUGGCCGUCCUGCUGAGCUUUCUUCUUCAGAUCACCAUCAAUAUUUGCCUCUUUGUAGUGCUCAUUGCCACGUAUAGCGAACUACACCAUUGCACUCGACGAAUCUCAAAUGAUAUGGAUAAGCUCAGACUUCAUUCUGUCCAUGAAAGUGGUCAAUUUAUGGUGUUGGUAAAACAACUUCAAGGAAUCACUGAAAAAUUAAUUCGACUGCGUCAAAAUGUCUUUCAUAUUACCGUCAGAAUCAUACGGCAUUUCCGAUUUCAUUGGCUGUGUGCUAUUAUCUACGGAUUAUUACCAUUCUUUAGUUUAACAGCUAAAGAUCAAAAUGGUUUUAACUUCCUCAUCAUUUCCGCAUUGAACAUAAUAUUCCAGUGGACUAUUUUUGCGAUUCUUUCUCGUGAAUCAAGAAUCACCCGGAGUUUAUGCACUUUUCACUUGACCAAUUACCAUAAGGAAACUGCUAGAACGAUUGAUGAAUUACUACAUCAGGAAAUUUGGGAACGUAUCACAGUCACCAUAUACGGCAAUACACUCGACACGAAAUUGCUGUUCAAACUGCUAUCCAUUAGUGCCUUUUGCGCGUUUGUUAACCGACUGGAGUACUUGCACAUCUAG